UGCAACUAUGUGGGGAAUCAGUUUGAACUGGGUUUGAUAUUGUUAUCCGUUCGCGAGCCCAAUUUCUGUGAUAGCUCAAUCUUUUCGCCCAAGUUGACCGUUGCACUUCAACCAUGGAUCCUUCUCUACCUAAAUCCUCCUUCAACCCCAACAAGCAUCUCAAAGAAGAAUUCGUGAGCAAUUUGAGCGGAUCCUCGAUGCUGGAAAUCGCGGCGCUUACAGUAAUUAUCCCUAUUCUUGUCCUUAUUCGUCACUCCAUAUCCUCCAAGUCCAUAACUGGUGCCUCCCUGAAGAAGAAAAACGACGAUGCAGUUUCUGUGAAUAGGAGUUUCAAAGCAUACCUAGCUACAUUGUCUUUGGAUUUUCUAGUCAUUAUUGUUCCUAUGCUUUUAUUUUUCACUGUACUUGCAGACUGGACGUAUAUCUUGGCUAGUUUGUUCACAAUCGUAACAUUACUUUAUAUUGCAGCCAAGAGGUCUGGUGGUUCAUCUCUUUCUUUUGAAGGAGAGCCCAAUUCUCUUCGGGCUUAUGUUACUUCGUACAGGGUUGUUGUGAUGAUUAUAACAUUCUUGUGCAUCUUGGCUGUUGACUUCAGAAUAUUUCCUAGAAGAUAUGCAAAGACUGAAACUUAUGGAACUAGUUUGAUGGAUCUUGGAGUUGGAGCAUUUGUUUUAGCGAAUUCAUUAGUUUCUCGGCAUGCCCGAAAUAUCACAUCUGUAAACUGGAAGACUGCAAUAAUUUCAAUUAGUCCACUGAUCAUCUUAGGAUUUCUUCGUCUUAUUACAACAACUGGUGUGGAUUAUCAGGUACAUGUGGGUGAAUAUGGUGUACAUUGGAAUUUCUUCUUCACACUUGCUGCUGUGUCAAUCCUCACUUCCUUUAUUAAUAUCCCCCCUCAAUAUUUUGGAGUUUUGGGUUCACUUGUCCUAGUAGUGUACCAGUUCUGCUUGAUGCAUGGUUUAAAUCAUUACUUGCUUUCAAAUGAAAGAGGAAUGGAUAUCAUAAGUCAAAACAAGGAGGGGAUUUUUAGCAUAUUUGGAUACUGGGGAAUGUAUCUUGUAGGUGUUUAUUUGGGAAACUACCUUAUAUAUAGAAGUAGCAGAUGGGUUCUGAUGAGGGUCUUGGUUCUCUCCAUACUGUUUUGGUUUUUAACUGUGCUUCUAGACAGGCACGUGGAAAGAGUUUCACGGAGAACGUGCAACCUGCCAUAUGUUACUAUGGUAUUGGCUGACAAUCUACAGCUGUUAUCAAUCCUAAUGCUGGGCGAUCUUAUUCCUGGAAGUAAAACUUCAUUACUUGAAGAAGCAUUUAAUCGGAACUUACUGGCUACCUUUCUUCUGGGAAAUAUCCUCACGGGAUUGGUAAACUUGUCUGUCGAUACCCUCUCUGCAUCAUCAAUCACAGCCCUUUUUAUCUUGCUUGUCUAUGCUUAUGUUUUAUCAGUUGUGAUUGGAAUUGCAGAUUAUUUUGGUAUGAAGUUAAAGUUUUGGUGAUGCAGCCAUUUUUUACGCUGUAGUCUGUUCUAUUAGUGUUAUUAUUUGUUAUAAAAUAAGAUAUCUUUUUGUUAAUCAUCAGUUGAAUUUACUAUAAAACUCAUGUGGCAAUUAUGGUUGGUGGUAGUAAAAUGUAGACAUGUAUGAAGCUCUGGGCUACAAUUCUAU